AUGACGGCCACGCAGAAUGAGGACCGGCGCAAUGCCAGCCGGGCGAGCGCGCAGGGGUUUGGUUCUGCUGCUGCACGAGGUUUUUUUCCGGAUCGGCGAACGACAUCUUCCCCCGGAGGCGCAGGAGAUGCUACAUCGGCGAAGCGGGUGGCUGUUCAUCGCCGCAGCAGCUCUGGAUCAGAUCGUCGCAGGAAGCCGAUGCCCACGCUGUCCACAGAACAGAGUGGUGCACGGAAGAUCCGCGCGCGAAUCCAAACCUGUCUCGAGAGCCGGGCGGGCAGCGGGACGCGCGGGACGCUGGGAAGGCCGGUGAGCAGAAGCCGACAGGCUCCGCGUGCCACCGCCACCGAGGUCACAGCGAGCACUGCAACGAGUGCAGAAACGACUAGCCGGGAUGACGAGAGUAGCAAUGUCAUGGUGGAUCCGGAAAGGUGGGAUGUUGCCCAAGCUGGAAAAGCAGAGGUCAGACAUCGCAGCCCAACUCGGUCCACGUCGGCCGGCCUAAGCCAAAGAGCUUUCACAGGAAGUGCUCCGACCUCAGAGCCCUGGCAACAGGUCCGCUACGGUCCCCCGCCAUUGGCGUUCGCCCCUCCCAAGAGAGCCGUCCAGACGCUGGGCGCAAGUGCACCAGCGGCAGCCACCGCCGAGGCAGCUGCCAGUGCAGCUGCAGCCACCCCCACAGCCGGUGGAGACAGCCAGGAGCUCCUUCAAGUCUACCGCAACAUCUUCGAGGAGGUCAUUCUGAGGGACCAUGAGUACGGCGCAACGCUACGGAAGGUGAAGGGCGUCUACGAAUCCUACUUCCUCGAGGUGCAGCGGGAGAAUGCGCGACUAAGGGACUUUGUGGCCACGCUUCAGCGCGCACUGCAGGGGCGAGGUGCUGCACAAGCCCCGCUUCGUUGGACGGCUCCAAGUCCAGACAGGGACUUGGCAGCAGCCUGGGCUCCAACUGAGAAGAUCCCGGUGGCCACUGCCUCGCCGCAACGGCCCUUCGCCCGUCCGGCCUCGGUACCGAGGCUGGAUUUGCAGUCUCUCUCGCCCACACGGGCGGCGUGA